CUGUUUAUUCCCCUGCUCCUCAAAGAGCUCUGGAGUGCGUGGCUCCGUCGCCGUCGCUAUGGAGACCGUCGACGGCCGGCUGUCGGUGUCGAAGACCCUGAGAGCUCUCAACGGUGUCCUCACAGGAAAGGUCGGCGAGGGAGGCCGCGGCUCGGUGUGGUUCAAGGAGAGCAGCAGCCGGAACUUGCGUAGCCGCGACUUCCUAGCCCCACGGGCUGCCCUGAGGGCGGUGUUCGGGGACGGAGAGGUUCCUGAUGGGAUUGCCGAGAAGGUGUUAUUGAUAAAAUGUCCAGGUGUGCCACCCAUCCAGAGCUGCCAAAAGGGCCCGACAGGACUGACAGUGCAUCUGGACAGACCUGUUGUCUUUGCAGAGAUCCUGGAAUCCAUUCCUUUAUAUGCCAGACCUCCACAGAUAGUCCCUGGGCACAGCAUUGUGCUCAACUGUGUGCCCCUGCAUGGGUGCAAGGGCCUGAACUCGCUCAGUCUGAGUCAUCUGAGAGCUAUCCUGGUCACUGACCACCUGGCUGAUGUGCUCCAAGCUCAAGGGGUGGAUGUCCAUGUGGUCCCCGCUUUGGCUGAUGAGGAAAUCCAGAGAUUCCUGCACCAGUUGCGAAUUGAGUGGCCCGCAGGUUCGGAAACCUCCCCCAGCUCUGAGGAUAUCCUCGCCAUGAAGGACGCCCUCCGCCAGUGCCCUCAUGCCAUGUUCGCUGAGACAGAUCAGGAGGGAGUUGUGUGCAAACUGCACUUGAAAGGGUUCUUGGGAAAGCAACAGCCAAAGAAAGAGAGCCUGGAAGGAUAUGACCCGAACCUGGACGUGUUCCUUGUGACAGAGGAGAAGCUGCUCCAUGUGGCUGAGCUGCAGCGUGCGGCCUCACGGUGUGCGGUGUCUGUGCCAGGAAGAUGCGAUGGCAUUGUGCACGUGGUGAGCCACGAGGAGGCAUUCCAGCAGCAGAAGGUGGACUUGCUGUGGAGGUUGGUCGCUCCGCAAGCUCCCCCACCUGCCCCCCAGAAACACCUUGUCUGUGGACCAGUGAAAGUCCCCGCUGCCGCCUCUCCUGUCACCAUUCUUCAGUACUUCCAGCUGAGACACUCCCAGAUGUAUGAGGCUUCAGUGCUGAAGUAUGGAGACCUCUCUCAGGAUGAGGCCUGGACAGAAACGAUCAGUGUCUUGACGUCAGCUGCCAUCCGAUUUGAGAUGCUGAGCACAGCUCAUCGGAACCAGAUUCUCUUGGAUUUGGAGGAGCCCUGCAUCUCUACCAAAGGGACCAAGAGCGGCACCUUCGUAAUGUACAAUUGCGCUCGCCUUGCCACACUGUUUGAAACGUACCAGCGGGAAGCAGAGCAAGGCGUGUACCCGGCUUUUCCACUGCCUUCGGAGCUGAACUAUUCCUCCCUCAGAGAAGAGGGCGAGUGGCUCUUGUUGUUCAACGGUGUCCUGCCCUUCCAGGAGGUCUUGAGCCAAGUGAUACAGCUCCCCAUCUCCAGUAGUGGGAUUGGGAUCUCAGCCAGCACGGAGGCGGUCUGCAAGUUCUUGAUCCAGCUGAGCAUGGAUUUCAGUUCUUACUACAACCGGGUGCACAUACUGGGGGAGCCACGUCCCCACUUGUUCAGCCAGAUGUUUGCCCGGUUGCAGCUUAUGAGAGCAGUCAGAGAAGUGUUCCACAGUGCCCUGCAGACCCUCCAUCUACCUCCUCUUAACCAGAUCUGAGCAAGCCAGAUGGACACCUGCUGUGGUCCUCCUCACAGGCACCCUGCAGCAGCCAUCCUGACCUGGCCGGCUCCACUGCAAAGAAAAAGAGUCGGAGGGUUACACUCACCUGGUUGGGGCGGGCAGAGAACCGUUGUAAUUGAGGAUCAGCCAGCAGAACACAGCCUUGCAGUUUGGACUCAGAAGUGUUUCUCCUCCCCAGUGUGGGUAGAAAGAAGAUCCAGAACGAGAGCCUUGUGUAUUUCUGAAGUUGAGGGAGAGCUGCUGAAAUCGUUUGGUGCCAAUGUGUGGCCAAUUGCUAGCUAGGAACAUGGAGAACUAAACUACCUGGAAACAAAAUGGGUGGGGUGGGGUGGGGGGCGGAAGGAGAGAUGACUAUACUACUCAAGGAAUCACUUGGUUCUGAUCCCUCACAGAGAGUAGGAAAAAAAUGGCCUGGUGGUCAAGUUCAAGCAAGCUAAGAGUUUCCCGCUGAUGGAUGUAAAGAAGGGUUUAUUGUACCCCCCCCCCCAAAAAAAAAUUAAAUUCUAUUAUAAAAUGGCUGAAGCUUCUUUCAGUCCUGUUCACUGCCUCUCUACAAAGGGUUUUGGCAUCAGCUGUGGACGCAAGGGGUUGCAGAUAAAAUGCAGAGAUUCUCAGCUGCAGUUUCUCCAAAGGCAUUGCUGGGGGCAGGCGGGUUGUGAGUGACUGUCCCACAAACACUGUCUCAUUGUGAGACGUGGGCAGUUUGUACGGUAUGGUAAAUGUUAGGGAGCACAAGGGGUUACCAGCAAAUCACCAGCGUGGCUAAACGGGGCAUGAAUCGCUGCUUCCUCCAGCCUGCCGUUCUCAUCCUCCCGGAACCUGACACAAAGAACCUAACUAAGGUAGACAAGAUGCUGAGAGGUCCAUGACAGGAGCC